AUGGCACAGCCAUCAGUUGAUCUUUAUGUCAACAAACACAUCAAGAACAAAGAUGAGAUGAUGCUGCAAAUGAGGAAAUGGGCAUUGGAUUGGAAGUUUGAAUUCAGAUCAGCAUGGUCAAACAAGUCGAGGGUGGUUCUAAAAUGCGUUGACCCCAAUUGCACAUGGAGGAUGCGUGCAACAAAGCUUCCUUCUUCUGAUUUCUUUGUGGUGAGGACUUAUGUAGGCGAUCACAACUGUGAUACAACACAUAGGAACGCCAACCAUAGGCAAGCAACUGCCAAGGUGCUUGGGACUCUAAUGUGUAGCAAUUAUGGAGAGAAGAAGUGUGGUCUUAACCCGAAACAAAUCUUGGAGCAAGUCAGACGCGAUCAUGGUGUACACAUUGGAUACAAACAAGCAUGUAGGGUUAAAGAGUUUGCUCAGGAUUUGAUCAGAGGGACUCCCGAGGAUAGCUAUCAAAACCUCUCGAAGUGGAUGUUUAAGGUUCAUGAGAAAAACCCUGGAUCCAAGGUUUAUCUUGAGAUGGAUCCAAAUGGAAAUAAAUUCAAAUACAGCUUUGUUGCUUUUGGUCAAUCGAUAAGAGGAUUUGAGCUGAUGAGAAGAGUUAUUGCUGUGGAUGGUACUUUUCUUAAGGGGAAAUUUAAGGGAACAUUGCUUGGAGCUAGUGCACAGGACGGAGAUUAUUCUUUGUAUCCGCUUGCGUUUGGGAUAGUUGACUCUGAAAACGAACAUGCGUGGACCUGGUUUUUCAGAGGACUUAAGACCAUGAUCCCUGAUGCGUCUGAUUUGGUCUUUGUUUCAGAUAGAGCUCAGUCCAUUGCAAAGGCACUUUCAGUGGUUUAUCCGCUUGCACAUCAUGGUAUUUGUAGAAUUCAUCUUUUGAGGGAUAUAACACCAAAGUAUGGGAGAACUGGUUUGUUGCCUCUUGUAGAAGCUGCAGCUGACGCUUACACUCGUCAUGAGUUCAUUAGCAUCUUCAUUGACAUAAGAAGCAGAAGCCCUAAAUUAGCUUCAUAUUUGGAAGAAUCCGAUUUUGCAAAGUGGGCUCGUUGUUAUGCACCUUCGAACAGGUAA